AUGGGCUGUUCGAAUGCUCGUUUAUUAGUUCAGCAAUCACCAUUAGAAGAAAAUUCUCAUGCCAUAUCAUCGAGAUCAAGAAAUUUAGCAGCAACUACUGCUGAAAAUCGUGUUCCUCAAUCUUCACCAUUUUUGAUUGACGAUCAUUUACAAAGUCGUGUACAUUUAAACGGUGUAGAUUUAGUUGUGGAAAGAAAUGGAUCAUAUACUCUAUUACUGACACCUAAAACUCACAAACAGUUAAUGCCUUAUGUUAUGAGAAAAAAAAGAUUCAGAAUUCUUGUUGACAAGCAAUCUUCCUCGACAGCAUUAAAUCCUUCUUUAUCAACAACAAAACCAAUUAUUCAUCAACAAAUUAAUGUUCAAUCAGACAAUAAUAUCAGUAACAACGACAUAAAUCAUUCAACUAUGGAAAGUUCAAAAGAAUUAAAAAUUAAACAAAAACAUAAUAAACGCACACAGUUGGAUAAAAAUGUUGAAUUUAUUGAACAACAAGCUGAUAAUGAAUUAGAGAAAUCAAAACGGCAGUUAGAUCAACAAAUAUUAGGUGGUACACCGAUUGAUAAUAAUUUAGAGGAUGAGUAUUUACAUUCGGAUGAUGAAGGUAUGGUGGAAGAAAUAAUUACGACUGUGGAAGAAGAUAAAGACUUGGAAUGUAAAGUUAAAAAGAAAAUUGAAACAAAAAAGACGGUAGCCGAAGAUCCGGAAACACAUAAUAAAGUGACAAAGGUUGUUAAAACAGAAGUAACAGAAAUAACGCGAACAAUCACGAUUAAUGAUCAACAUGAUUUGGAACGUGCCAAACGAGAAUUAGGGAUCGAUGAUGUCAAUAAAUUAUUACCAUAUCAGAGCGGCUUGUUACAACAAAAUAUUUAUAAUUUACCAUCGUCACAAUAUAUCUUACCAUCAUAUUUAACGACAACAUCCGGUACAUCGUGGGCUGAUCAUCCAAAACUUACCGAAAUACAAGAAGUAAGAUACGAUCCAAGUAAUGAAAUUGUGACGUCAGGAGAUUUUGGUGAAGAGUGUAAAGAAAAAACGCCAUCACCAACAUACGGCGCUCAACAAUUGAUUAAGCAAAGCCAUCAAUUAGCUGCCGGUACUCAAGACAACCAACGACCUAUUUUUAACAAUGAGGCAACAUUAGCUGGAAAAGGAAUCGACGCUACAAUUAGUGCUAAACCUGUUGUUGACAGUUCAACUAGUCAAAAACCCGAUAUUCAACCCAGUACAACAACAACAACUGACUCUUCGUCUGCACCAGUUGUCGUGAAGAAGAAGGCAAAAAGUGGUGGCUUAUGUUCCUGUGCAAGUGCACGUGGAACAACAAGUGAUGAUGAACGGAAACACGAACAAACAAAAAUUGUUGAGAAAAAGUCAAAACUAAAAAAGAAAACAUCUGUGUCACCUGUUGCCACAAUUACGGCUACAACUGAUCAAGCAAAAAGUAAACCAGUCACAACAACUUCUCCAACAUCAUUUGAACUACUAAAAUCAGCUAUUGAGCAACAAACAAUUGGUAAAGCAUUAGUCUCUGACCCCAUAAAACAAUUAAUUAUCACGAAAAAACAGCCAUUAAUCGAUUAUUUUCAUACACAAAUAUUCUCCACAAAAACAAAUCUUAUUACAUCGAAAGAUAACGAUGGUCUUUGUCGAAAAAUAUCAUCACGUAUUUUUGAUCUAUUGAGAUACGAUCGAUGUUCAUCGUGGCAAAAUCUUCAAGAUCAAAUUCGUGAAGAAUAUGGUCAUGAAACACCAUCAUCGUUGUUUAUACAACCUAUAUGCGAAACAUACGAAACAAUAUUUACAACAAAAGAACCACAAUUAUUAAAAUUAUUCGAAAAUGAAACAACGAUACCGUCUGCAAAUCAAGAAUUUAUUGAAAUUGUACAACAAAAAAUGAGUAAUAGGAAUAAAUCACCAAAUAUUGGCUAUGCAGCAACACAGUUUGUUAAUAAUGUUCAAGGUAAUUUAGAUCGAUUAGCAUAUGGUGCAACAAUACAACAACAACAGAAUGAGAAUAUUGGCGAACAAAUAGAGAGUACAGCGUGUUUAUCUGAAGAGCAAUUAAGUUUUACAAUGCGAUUUGAAAAUAUGAGAGUUUUAGAACAAACAACAACAGCGACAAAAACGAUCUUAAUUAUCGAAGAACGCCCAUUAGCGACAAAAGAUUCUGGUAUAACAACAUCCUUCUCUGCUUCAACAUCCGGUGAAUUUCGCAGUGGCGAUAAUCGUAGUAUAACUCCUGACACAAUGACCGAAUCUCAUCCACCACAUUUAGAAGAAGAACCAUCCUUAACUGUGGACGAUCAUCAAUUAAAUGAAAUAACAAAUAAAAUAUUAGCACAAACAAAUAAUAAAUCGAUUACAUUAGCUGAAGCUGUUGCUUAUGAUUAUUUGGAUUUAAAUGAUUUUGAUGUUGUCCAUUCACUCGGUUUACAAUUGGAUGUUGCUGAUAAAAUGAAAAAAGUAUUUUUACCUAUUAAUGAAUCGGAUAUAAAAUAUGGUCAUGAUUAUAAACAUAAUAUAGUUAAAGUACAGCGUUCUGGUGAAACAAUAGCCGAAUUAGAUUUAGCUGAUCCGAAUGCUUUAGAAAAAAUUAAUUUACCAUCAAAUGUUGUUGCUCAUUUACAAUAUGCAUUUGAACAACCAUUGAAUUUAAGAGAAAAACAAUUAAAACAACUAUCAGAUGCUCUGGAGCGUACUGGUGAUUUACAAUUUGCCAUAUCUCCAUUAUAUCCACCUUUCUCUAAAUAUUGGCAAGAACAACAAAAUGAUUUAUCAACGUCAGAUUCAGGCUAUUCAAUGACAACAACAAGUGCAAAUGAUUCAUCAAAACAACAGCAACCACAAUCUACUAUGGUUAAAAUUGAUUUUGAACCAAUUGUUGAACCAAAAAUAAAAUCAUCCUUAAUAGAAACACAAACUGGAGUCGAUUUAGGCAGUUCAACAAGUGAUAGAGACGAUGGUAGUGAAAAAAUUGAUUUAGAUAAAGCAACAGUUGAACAACUAGAUCAAUAUCAAUUGAAUCAAGGUUUAGUACAAAAAAUUAAACAAAAAGAUACUGGAAAAGAUAAGACACUUGGCCAGCAAAUACUAGAUCAAGAAGUGAAUUUGGAUGAUAUAAAUUAUUUAAAACAACUUAAUUUGGAUAAUCGGCAAGCAAAUAUAUUAAAAGAGUUCUUUUUUCCUACAACACAUUCAAAACAAACACCUAAAAAACGUAUUAUCUCAUAUUCACCAGAACCUGGUCGUUUUAUCGAAUUAACAACCAUUUAUAAUCAGUCUAUCGAACAUCGUGGAGAAGGAGGAGCUGAUACAAAAAUAAUCCAUAUCCAAGAGAAACAAUUAUCAUCCGUUGAACAUGCAAUGAAGCGAAAUGUGGAAACUGAAGAUCCCUAUUAUUCUCAACCUCAUGUAUCUGUCUCAAAACAAUUGCCAAAAACACAACCCUCUACAGUAUCGUCACAUGACGAAAUUAAACCACCACCAAUUGAUAUUAAAAAGAUAGAAUCACCAAUUGUUCAUCUAAAAUCGGAGCCAGUUGAAACUAAAAAACGUAAAUCAUCUGGUACCGGUGGUCUAUUCGCAUGUUUUGGUAGUAAAAAAUCAAAAUCAGAUACUAUACGUGCUUCUACUAGUGGUCAAGCUCCAGUUGACAAACCAACAACACCUACAGCUUCAGCUCCUAUUUUUAUUCAACAAACUAGUGCCUCUACAAUUCCACCAAAAUCACCUGUUGCAGAUUGUUUUUUAACAAAAGAUGGUAAACGAAUCUACAUUGAUGAAUAUCGUGAACGUCCAGGCCUGGAUAUGUCCUACGUUCCACCUAAUUUUGAAACAAAUUAUUUUAAACCACAAGUUAUUAAAAAACAAUCCUUGGAAUACGAAGAACAAUUUCAUGCAUUACCCGCUACUAAUGAUGAUAAUAAAACACCAGAGAUAGAACAAACACAAUCACCACCUGUAAUUGAUAUUCAACAAGAAUCGGCGCCCCAAUUUCCUGAAAGAUCAUCAUUAGAAUCAGCAUCAGCAGUGCAUUUAGAACCACGGCAACCUACAUUUGAAAUUGUAAAAACUGAUAAAGAAACAAAACCGGUUGAAGAACAAAUUCUCAUUACAACACCACCAUCUCAAAAUACUACAACAACCAGUUUACAUGGUGCCGCUGUCAAGUUACCAGUUGUCGAUCUCCAAAAACCUGGACCUGUUGAAGCAAACUUAAGUUCAACUAAACAAGAACCGAUAAAAGUCAAAGUACCAAAAACAAAGAAAGAAAAAUCAUCGACUGGCGGUCUAUGUGCAUCGUGUUUUGGUACAAAAGCUAAAAAACAAAAACAGGAAGGCGUCGAACCAAAAGAGAAAGUAAAAACAGAUAAAAAAACAUCAAGUGAGAUCACUCGUAAGGAUGAUGAUAUAAAUAAACAACACAUAUCGCCAACAGUCAGCGUACCCAAAAUUGAUAUUAAAGGUCCAGCAGUUGAUAUUAAACCGCCAACGUUACCAAAUAUUCAAACAAAUCUAUCAUCUACCACAUCACCACCUCCAAUUGAUAUUGAAACCAAAAUAAUGGAUACAGCAGCAUUUAAAUCAGAAGAUCCUCAUGUUGAUAUCGAUUUAAAUUUGAAACAUGACAAAACAGUGCCACCAUUGAGUACAGUUUCUGAUAAACUCGCAAAUUCAGUCAUACCUGAAUUUUCGAUCAACGGUCCAGAUUUGAAUUUAAAUGUGAAUAAAACCGAACAUUCAAUAUCGUCGUUCGAAGUGCCUGAUUUGAAUAUUCACGUUAACACUGACAAAGAAGUGCUACCACCUACAACAACAACGUUUGAUGUAUCUGAUAUUAAAGUGCCGAAUGUGUUUGAUUCAGAAAUAAUUCAUGAUCGAGAUUUACGUAUGGGUGAGAUACCUGAUAUCAAGUUCUAUGAACAAAAACAACCAACUAUUGAUACAGUAACAGAUGAUAUUAAUCUAAAACAACAAAUACCAGAUUAUAUCGUUCCCUCAUUACCUAAAGUUGACAUUGAAGAUCGAACAUACGAUAUACCUCAUGUUGAAGCUGAUAAGACAUUGAUAUCAUUACCAGUGGCUGAAUUACCAAAAUUACAUAUAAAAGGACCGGACCUUGAUAUACAUAUCGAAAACAAAAAACCAGAGGUUCGUGUUGAAACUGCAGAACUUCAAGGUGCAAGCGGUGAUUUUGUUGUAGAAGCUCCAACUGCCGAGCUUCCUAAAAUUGAUUUGAAGGGACCAACGGUUGAUUUAAAUUUAUCGGGUGAUUCACAUAAACCAAUAACACAAACAAUAAAUAUUGCAAGUCAAAUGCCAAAAGUUGAUGUUCGAGAUAGUGCAAAAGGUUCUUAUACAUUACCAACAACGGUUGAUGAAACAAAGAGUAAAAAGAAGAAAGAAAAAAAGGAGAAAAAGGACAAAAAAGACAAAAAAGAAAAGGAAGAAGAUAACAGUAGCAGUAGCAAUGGAGGAUUAUUUGGAGGCUUCUUUAAAGGUAAAAAAUCUUCAAAAUUAACCGCACCCAAUGUUACAUUACCAUCCGUUGAUAAAUCAAUAAACAUCCCACCAUCACUAGUCAUAUCAUCCGAUCCAUUAAAAGUACCAUCAGCUGAUUUGCCAAAAGUUAAAGAUGUUGAUUUUCCUACUUAUGAUCGUCCAGAAGUAUUAGCAACUUCAAAGAAAAAUGAAUUUCAAGUUCCAUCUGUUUCAUUACCAUCCAUCGAAGGCGUUAAUUUGCCAACACAAAAUAUACCGGAUGCAUUUCAUUUCAAUCGUACUUCUGAUCAAAUAUUACAAGCACCCUUUACACAGUUGCCUGAUGUUGAAUUUACAUCAAAUGUUCCUGAAAAACAAAUACAAGAAGUUCCAUCUACGAAGUCAAAUAUGCCGAUUAUUGAAAUGGGUUUACCAUUAGCUACGCCUAUUAUCGAUACAACAAAUCAACAAUUACCAAACGUUAAUAUUAGUAAAGAUUUCCAUUUUCGUACAGAGGAAUCAUUGGAUAUUGAUAAACCAACAACAAAUGCAUUAGCGAAAGUUAAUACUCCAGAUUCCACUGUAAAUUUGGAUAAAACAAUCCUAUCAUCGAUUGAAUCAAACUACGAUAUUCCGUCACCAGCUUUUCGGAUAGAUCAUAAAACUGAACAGAUUGAAGCGUUGAAACCAUUGGAUAUUAAUUUUGAAAAUCCACCAACUUCAUCCAUUGCUAGUCCUGAAUUGAAUGUUGAUAUUAAACACAGAGACAUAUCACCAUCGUUUGAUAUUCCUGAUGUAGAUUUGAAUCUAAAUAAAAGCUUAGCAGGACCUGCUCCAUCAUCGUUUGAUAUUCCUGAUGUAGAUUUGAAUCUAAAUAAAAGAUCAGCAGCACCUGCUCCACCAUCGUUCGAAACAGAUAGAAGUUUGACUAAACCAUCCAUUUCUGAAUUAAUUCAUGAUAAAAAUGUCCAACUUGGUAAUAUUCCUGAUAUCAAAUUAUAUGAACAAAAACAGCCAACUGUUAGUGUAAAACAAACCAAGGUACCCGAUGUACCAGAAAUUCAUUUACCAAAACUCGAUGUUACCACUGAUGUAAAACCAGUUAUCACUAAACCACAACCAAUCGAAUCAGCAAUUCAUCCACCAAAAAAGGCGAAGAGUGGUUUAUGUUCAUGUUUUGGUGAGAAAGCAGCUCAUAAGACGACCAUAAAUAAGACAGAAACAACAGUACCAAAAGUAAAAUCAACAAAAACUAAAAUACAGGCUCCAGUUGCCAAAUUGCCAGAUGUCAAUUUGCCCGCAUUAGAAUCAACUGAAGUCCAAAAAUCAAAAGGAAAACCUUUGAAGGCACCCGUUGCUGAUUUGCCACCACUUGAUUUAAAACCACCACAAUCGACUGACGCUUUAUUGAAUACAAGUCUAACAAAACGUCCAGCACCGAAAUUACCCGAUUUACCAAAACCAGAGAUACCAAAAGCUACAAAAGAUCUCGUUAUACCAGACAUUGGCAACAUUCAAACACCAUCAAUAUCUGAACAAAUAGUACCAACAGACAUUAACAUCAGUCCUAUUGAUCAGCCUGAAUUUAAAUUGAGGGGUCCUGAUAUUCUAUUAGAAUCAACUACAAAACCACAAUUAUUAUCAAGCCAUGAAGCAAAAUACAAUUUGAAUGAUACUCACAUUGUUUCCGAGUCACCUGAAAUUAAAUUAAAAGAUAUUCCAUCAGUUCCAAUUGGUUCAGUUACUACGAAUGUUGACUAUGAUAUUCCAAAACAUAUCAAUGAAUCAAGUACUGAAAAACAGGAAACUCACACCCAUAUCAAAAAGGGUCCAUCAUUUGAAAUGAAAGCACCUGUGAUGGACAUACCUGAUUUGGAUCUAAAAGUGUCAUCACUAGAUGAAAGUGAAGCCAAUUUAUCAUUUAAAAAACAUCCACAAGUUUCAGAAGAAAAAUUAUCCGUUUCUCAUAAUAUACCAUCGAUACCACAUCUGAUUGAUCAACAUCCGCAUCAACAAGCACCAACAACGUCUCGCUCUGAUAGUGGUCUUGAACAAAUUGUCUCAUCUCAUAUUCAUCCAUCAUUAACAUUUGGUACAGAUCAAUCUUCAACAUAUGAUUUUAGUAAUUCUGUUUCAUCUGGUCUUGGUAGUGAAAUCAUUGAUGGUGUUGCACAUAAAGGUUAUACACUACCGUCUAUAAAAACUACCUAUGAACAUCCAGAAAUUCGUACCACCGAUGGUAAACGAUUAUCAAUACCAACACGUGAAGGCGGUAUACAUUAUGAUUUUAAUAAAAAGAUCACAUUAAACGAUGAUAUACAUUCAAAAUUAGUAUUUCGACAACAAGAAUUAAAAAAAUUAUUAGAAACAGAAAUUAGUUCAACAAUGGACGAUUUUGAUGGGAAAAAAGAUCAUAAACAUUUACAAAAAAUUAUACAACAUUCAAUUGAUUUAAUUAAAGAUAAAAAAGUCAGUAGUUAUCCCGAAUUAAAAACACAAUUGAUUAUGGCACAUAAAAAUGAAGCUUACAUUGUUGAUCCAGUUGUUAAAAGUUUAUAUUUAACAAUUGAAAAACAUAAUUUAGAUAAUAUUGAUCGUCCAGAGGUAGCCUUGGCUAUCAGAGAUAUGGUGAAAGAUUCAGCAAAACAAACAAUUAAUACAAUUACGCACUUAAAUACGGGUACAACAAAUAAACCUGAACCAAUUCAACAAUCUCCACCUAAACAGCAACCCGAUACAAUACCAAAAUUAAUUGUCGAUUCAACGAAAGACGCAAGAAAAAUCGGAGAAGUAGUAUCAAAAGAUGUUAUUCCAUCAAUUGAUGUGGCACCUAGUCAAAGUCAAAUAUCUGCAACAACAACUUCAACAAAAGAAAAACAAAAAUCUCCCAUCGAGAAGGAUGAUAAACAUGUUGCACCAAAGACCCCCACUGCUGCUUCAUCUUGCUUAACGUGCGGUCGUCAUCCGAAAUCAAAGUCAAGUGCAACAACAACAGCAAAUGUUGUUGAUACAAAAUCGGCAACAGCUACGGGUGCAAAGCAUUCUCUACUAGAUGAACGUCGUCAUCAGCAGUUAAAUGCGUCUAAAAACGAAUUAGCCGCAACAAUUCGUGAACAUAUCCAAUCAUCCUCUCCACCGAUUAAAAAUAUGAAAGACCAUUCAAAAGAUGUUGAUAAAAUCAUUCGUAAAACUUUACAAAUACUCGUAUCACCAAAAGUUUAUUCCUAUGAACAAGUGAGAAAUGAUUUGAAAACUGAAUAUAAACAAACAUUUUAUCUCGUUGAUCCUAUCGUUGAUAUUGUUCGUGAUACAUUGGAACGUUGUGAUAUACAAAACAUGCAAGAUAAAAUAAAUGUAGAUAUUCUCGAUGCUAACAUAAAGCAAACACAAGAAUUAUAUAAUCAAACACAUGGACAACAAUUGUUAUCGACCCAAGAAUUAGAAUAUUUACAACAAAAUCAAACUGGUUUCAUUAAAUCAAUUAAGGCUAAAGAAAAAGAAGAGAAAAAGAUUAAUAAAAAACAAGAAAAAGAAUUACAAAAAAUACUUGAACGAACAUGUGAUAUUUUGUCCACACAACAAGUACAUACUUGGGAUGAAAUUCAUCAUCAGUUAAAACGAGAAUAUCCUAAAACUCAUGAUCUAGAUAGUCGAGCGAUUGAAUUACUUAAAUCAGCCCAAAUGGAUGGUCGACUAAAAUUAACAGAGAAAGCUAGACAAACAUUGGUUAAAAAUAAAUCGUCUAUUGUUAGUUCAAUUGUUCAACUUUUACUAGAUCAUAAUAAAAAUUUAUAUGAAUAUUCUCAAAUAGAAAAAUUAGUGAAUCAAACAUUUGAUUAUUUAGAACAGAAUAAUCAAAAUAAAGAAUUUCGUAAUUAUAAUGAUUUAAAAGAAAAAUUGAAACGUGAUCAUUCAUAUAAUCAUGAUGUACUUAUUGAACAAAUUGUUGAUGUUAUUGAACAAGCACAUGUUACAAGUCAAUUUGAAGAUAUGGAUAAAAAUGAAGUACAAACAUUAAUGAAAGAUAGACUACACGGAAACCCACUUAUUUUGAAACAAAUUCACGUUCAAUUACCACCAAGACAAGGUGCCUAUGUGCCUCAAAAUCAACAACAACAAUCAUCCUAUUUGAACGAUGUUAGUGGUGAUUCUACUCAUCCAUCGGUGACAAAUGGUACAAAUAGCCAUGCAUCACGUCAAAUUGCACGAGGAUUAAGUUGGCGUGAAGCAAAUGAACGUGCGAGAAUAUUAUUUUAUCGUGGUAGACAUCCAGCCAUACAUUAUGAUGAAAAAACAGCUGGAUUCGAUGUAAGAAUGUUAUUGGAAACUCAGACCGGUGUACAACAAGAGAUACCAGUUACAGAUGAAGAUGUUCAUCGUUUAUUGAAUACAUGUGGUGUACAAUGGGAUGGUAUCAAUGUUGUUUCGUUAAUCGAUCGUAGUGAAGCUUAUGUGAAGGAAGCUGAACGUGAUGCACUCAAAUUAAUUAAAGAAAGUGGUACAUUAGAUCAAUUGAAACUCACACAACAACAACAAAAAAUUAAUGAUGAACAACAGACUGUAACAUCGUCUACUACAAUGUCAUGA